CUUCCUUUCAUUCACCUGUCUAUUUGCGCAUUGUCGGACCUGGUUCUAUCUAUUCUCUGCCGUACCUUACUGGCAGGAUUCCCCUUUGCCACAUCGCGGCAUUCCUCCGAGCCAAGAUUCUUUCCCUUUUCUUCCUUUCUUUCUUCGGCGCAAACCUUGACUCCUCAUCCACCUUACUCACACCAACAAAUCCAACUCACAAUGGGUCGCAUCAUCUCCCACGGCCGCGGAGGCGCAGGAAACAUGUUCACAGCCGAAUCCUCAGCCCCGCCCCCCGACCUCGUCACCCCCACCAUCAAACAAGAAGUCUACACCACCGGCCGCGGCGGUUCCGGAAACAUGGUGCAUAACGAUCCGGACCAUCCCGAGCUUGCGCGCGAGAGUCAGGACGUCGAGUCGCCGCCGUUGCGCGUGGAAGAGGCGGCUCAUCAUACUGGGCGGGGCGGCGCAGCAAACAUGUACAUCCCCUCCGCCGAAGAAGAGAAGCGAGUGCGCGAACAAGAGGAACAGCUACGACGGGUGCGCACACAGGAGGAACAGCGCCUCCGCGAGCAAGACGAGUAUCUGCACCGUGUCAAGACGGAGAGUAAGGAGCGGGUGACGAAGGAGGAGACCGGCAGUCGGGAUUCGUCGAGUUGAAUUUUCCCCUUUCUUUCUCUUGUCUUUUUUGUGGGGUCGUGAGAUGUUAGAUAAGUAAGUGCUGCUGGCGGUGCUUUUGCAGUUAUUAUUUAUAUUCCCUGUUUCUUUGUGUUGAAUAGGGAGGUGGUCUGUUGUUGGUUGGUAUGGUCUGGUUUGUUUAUCUGUAUUUUUCACUGCUUCUUUCAUCUUCUUGAGGGUUAUGUCUUCAGUGUUAGGUGUCUUUGUUUAUCGGGAUAUGCUAGAGGUCCAUCUCUAGACUGAAUUCUAAUGCUGUUAGGGUAUUGCUGAAA